AUGGUUCGUCCAAGCUUGCCUAGCCGCCUGUCCGGCAUACUCAGCAGAACGACUACUUCGUCGAAUCCUCCAAGCAACACUCCUAGUCGAAGCUCGAGUCCGAAACCUGGUAGCAGAGUUAACACGGGAGGAUCUAACGCCAUGCCUGACAACAGAACUCCGGUGCUUAUGCUGAAAGUGCAGGUGAUCAAGGGGAGGGAUUUAGCAGCAAAGGACAAAAACAACAGCAGCGACCCUUUCUUAGUGAUCACACUCGGAGAUGCAAAGGAAGCUACGUCGACCGUGUACAAGAAUCUUAACCCAGAAUGGAAUCAAACCUUUGAAAUGCCAAUUGUGGACAUGUCCAGCCUAGUUCUGGACGCGGUCUGCUGGGACAAGGAUCGUUUUGGCAAGGACUACAUGGGCGAGUUUGACGUAGCACUAGAGGAGAUCUUUGCAGACAAGAAGACUGAGCAGGAGCCUCGCUGGUACCCGUUAGAGUCACGACGUCAAGGAAAAAAAAGUGGUGUCGUCACCGGCGCCAUUCAGCUCAAGUUCUCGCUUUAUGACCCAGCCAAUCCAUCUGCACCACCAGAACUCGUUAUCGAGAAGCUCCACGCACUUCUGGGCAACGGCGACCUUACGGCUGAAGAGGAGGCUCAGUUGCAGAGGGUAAACACGAGCGAUGUUGAAGAUGAUGAGGAGGCCGUCUCCGAGAUUGACGAAGCGGCGACUCCGGAACAGAAGGCAAAGAAACGGCGGCUGUUGCGCCUUGCGAAGCUGAAGCGAAAAGCCAAAGAGCGUGGCUAUGAGUUUACUGGUGGUACGGAUGUAGCUGGAGUGCUUUUUGUGGAGAUUCAGAAAAUAACAGAUCUUCCCCCCGAGAAAAAUGUGACACGUACUUCGUUUGACAUGGAUCCGUUUGUCGUGACGUCGCUUGGGAGAAAAACGUAUCGCACACGCGUAAUUCGACAUAAUCUGAACCCAGUGUACGAUGAAAAACUCGUUUUUCAAGUCAUGAAACACGAAGUGAACUACUCAUUGAGCUUCUCGGUUGUUGACCGCGACAAGUUCUCGGGCAACGAUUAUGUCGGCUCCGCCAACUUUCCUUUGGAAAAAGCAGUGGAAGCCGCACCGACCGCGGACCCAGAAACCGGAUUGUACGAUCUCCCAGAUAUUCCGGAUGGAAACCCAACAGGCACUGAAGAAAAGAAGAAGCGUUUCAGGCUUCCGCUGUCACGUUCUUCGUCAUCGCAGAGCCUUUCCAAGUUCUCGAAGCCGCAAAUUCAGAGAGAGUCAUCGUCAAACAACUUAAAUCCAAACUUAUUACCAGACGAUGCUCCGUUGCCAAGUCGCGAUUUGCCGGCCCCAACUAGUGCACCUCCUCCGACGCUGUUGUCUAUGGAAGGAGUUGCUGGAACCAUGCCAACCAACAGUCUUGUCAGCGACGAUGAUCCAGAUCUGCGUCCAUACAUUCUCCCUCUCGAUCUUAAGAAUAAGGAACGAUGGGAAUCAAAACACAACCCCACUUUGUACAUCCGUGUCAAAUAUUUGCCGUAUAAAGCUCUUCGACAGCAAUUCUGGAGAGCUAUGCUGAAGCAGUACGAUGCCGACGAAAGCGGUCAGAUCGAUAAGGUCGAACUAACCACUAUGCUGGACACUCUCGGCUCUACACUUCACGAGUCAACCAUCGACGGGUUCUUUGCAAGAUUCAGCCAGCCAGUCGAAGGCGAGGUACCCACUCUCACGUUUGAUCAAGCAGUGCUCUGUCUCGAAGAUCAGCUUCAAAAGAAUGAGACCAAGCAUUCGAAACUGAAACCAUCAAGCUGGACUGCACAUAGUUCAGCGUCAUUGGGCAAUGGCAGCUCUCCUGGCGUUGUUACUCCGUCUUACGUAGAGUCCGGCAGCAGUACUCCCUUGAAUGCGCACUCAAAUACCACACUGAUUCCUGCAAUCCAAACAACCGACCUCGGCAAAGACGGUGAAGAGGGCGAACUUAUGGACGACAAAGACCUUGCUGAUGAGCGUGGUGAAGAACACGUUAUUGAAAUUCGUGAAUGCCCCAUAUGUCACCAACCACGACUCAACAAGAAGAGUGACGCAGAUAUCAUUACUCAUGUGGCAACAUGCGCCAGUCAAGACUGGCGCCAAGUGAAUAACAUUGUUAUGGCAGGGUUUGUAACUUCGGCACAAGCACAACGGAAAUGGUACUCCAAAGUCAUCACGAAAAUCGGAUACGGCGGAUACAAACUUGGUGCCAACUCCGCAAACAUCCUUGUACAGGAUCGGCUCACCGGCCAAAUCAACGAGGAGAGGAUGAGCGUUUACGUAAGGCUUGGCAUUCGAUUGUUAUACAAGGGGCUAAAGGCAAACAAUAUGGAGAAGAAGCGAAUCAAAAAGUUACUCAAAUCUUUGAGCAUAAAGCAGGGUCGCAAGUACGAUGAUCCAGCCUCGGCCGCUGAAAUUCAAGGUUUCAUCGCCUUCCAUCAGUUGGACAUGUCCGAAGUUUUGCUUCCCAUUGAGAAAUUUCGUAACUUCAACGAGUUCUUCUACCGAGCCUUGAAGCCAGGCGCGCGACCAUGCUCGGCACCAGACCGCCCGGAGAUCAUAACAUCUCCCGCAGACUGCAGAACUGUUGUCUUUAACACACUUGAAUCUGCACAAACCAUCUGGGUCAAAGGUCGAGACUUCACCGUCGAACGACUGCUGGGUGGAGCAUAUCCAGAGGACGUAAAACGCUAUCAGAAUGGUGCCUUGGGUAUUUUCCGUCUGGCGCCUCAAGAUUAUCAUCGAUUUCACAUACCAGUUGAUGGCGUGAUGGGUGAGCCAAAACUCAUCGAAGGCGAAUACUAUACAGUGAACCCGAUGGCUAUUCGCUCAGCACUUGAUGUUUAUGGAGAAAACGUCCGAGUCCUGGUUCCGAUCGAUUCAGAGCAGCACGGCAGGGUUAUGGUUGUCUGUGUUGGUGCUAUGAUGGUAGGCAGUACCGUAAUCACACGAAAAGCAGGUGAAAAGGUAAGGAGGGCGGAGGAGCUUGGAUACUUUAAGUUUGGUGGUUCGACAAUCUUGCUCUUAUUCGAACCUGGCGUUAUGGUCUGGGAUGAUGAUUUGGUAGACAACUCAAAUGGUGCAUUAGAGACGCUGAUUCGCGUGGGCAUGUCUGUGGGACACAAAAUCGGCGAAGCGCCACAUACACCGGAUAUGCGCAAACCAAAUCCGACCAUGGCCGAGAAGCAAGACGCAAAACGCCGUAUCGAGGGUAGUCUGGCGCCCGACAGCAAGCCACCACCCUCCGCGUCUUUGGCUGCUUAA